AUGCCGAAAGUUGCAACAAAAAAGGCUGCUGCAGCAGCUGGAGGCGCCAAAAAAGCCGCUGCAGGAGCCAAGAAAUCGAAAUUGUACAAUAUGCCGGAAAAAAUAAAAGAGGGUACAAUUUUAACCGAUAUGAUGAAGGGUGAAUGGAAAAUAGGACCCUCAAUUGGUACCGGCGGAUUUGGUGAAAUAUAUUCGGCCUGUAAGCCAGGAGAAAAUAAAUACGAAUAUGUGGUGAAAUGUGAACCCCAUGACAAUGGACCCUUAUUUGUAGAAAUGCAUUUCUAUAUGCGCAAUGCCAAAUUGGACGAUGUACGCAGAUUUCAGAAGGAACAUGGUCUCAAAAGUUUUGGUAUGCCCUAUAUGGUGGGGAAUGGUUCGGCAGAAAUAAAUGGCCUUAAACAUCGCUUCAUUGUUAUGCCUCGUUAUGGUUCGGAUGUGGCUAAACAUUUCCUUAACAAUGGCCGUCGACUGCCGGAGGGCACUUGCUAUCGUUUGGCUCUACAAAUGUUGGAUGUUUAUGAAUUUAUACAUGGUGCCGGUUAUGUUCAUGCCGAUUUAAAAGCCGCCAACAUCUUGUUGGGCUAUGGACCAAAACAACAACACCAAGCCUAUUUAGUGGACUUUGGUUUGGCUUCACGUUUCACCACCAAGGACUUCAAACCCGAUCCAAAGAAAAUGCAUAAUGGCACAAUUGAAUACACAUCCCGAGAUGCUCACUUGGGUGUACCCACAAUGAGAACCGAUAUGGAAAUUCUGGGUUAUAAUUUAAUUGAAUGGUUGGGGGUGGAAUUGCCAUGGGUUAGGGAUAAGUUAUUGGCAAACCCCACAAAGGUACAAAAAUCCAAAGAGGAAUUUAUGUCCAAUAUUUCAGAGAAUCUCAAAAAAAUAUUUCCGUCGGCUGUGCCGGAUGCUAUAAUGGAUUAUAUGAAGUAUAUAUCUAAAAUGGAAUACAAUACCACACCGGAUUAUGAAAAAUGUCGUAAAAUUUUCCAAAAUGCAUUAAAGGCAUUGAAAAUUGCCAAUACUGGUGAUUUAGAUUUUAAAUUGAAAUCUGGUGGAAGUAAUGCGGAGGUGGCCUCAACAAGUAAAGCCAAGGCCAGUGGAGUAAAGACUAAGGGUAAAAAACCAGCUGUGGUGGAAAUGGAUGAUUCUGAAGAUGAAGUUAUUGAUGCUAGUGACGAUGAUGAUGGCGAUGUUAUUUUCGAUGCCAAGAGACCCAUAAAGAAGGAACCAAAAGCCAAUGCAUUAAAAACAACAAAAGAUAAAUUAACACCCAAGAUUACACCAAAACGAAAUCCCAAAUCGACACCAAAAGAAAUUCUAAAAAGGUCACCCUUAAAUUCAUCACUGAAAAGAAAAUCUUUAGAUGUUUCAACAUCACCCACUUCAUCACCCUCACCCACAAAGCGGACAAAACUAAAUGGUUCCAUAAAUAACUCGGCAAAAACUCGUAGUCGCCGUUCACCAUUGAAAAGAUCAUCGCCCUCAGGUCACAACACAUCAUCGACGUCUUCACCCCGCCUAAGAAGUACUCCCAUGAAUGCCAAAACUAGUAUUCGUAUGUCACCAGCCAUAACUAUGUCCUCAUCGAGAUCGGGUAAAACCAUAAUUAACGAUAGACUAACACCAAAUAAAAAACCAACAAAAACAUAUGAAUUUAAUUUUGAAUUAGAUGUCAGUAUGGAUGCCAAUGUCAUUGUUAAUGUGAAACGUAAAAAGAAGCCACUGCAACCGGCCACCGAGGAAAAUGCCCCAUCACUAUCUACCUCAUCGAGUAGUAAAUCAACACCAUUGGCUAAGACGAACAGCAGUUCAACACCAGUGACUAGAGUUAAUGUACGUAAAGUCGGCGGAGGGGAUGAGAGUCCUCGGACACCGGCUGUCACGGUUAAGAAGUCACGUAGAGUACAUCGAUCACCAUCGUAA